ACACGUGAGAAUGAAGUGGGAGGUAUCCACUGUCCAUUCAUAUGUCCCACAUCACUGUCGAUCCUGCAUAGGUACUAUAGGCCUUUACUGAAGUGGCACGGUCAUCCAGAACCAACUUAAAGAACUCCAACACGUUUCGGCAUCUAGCCUUUGUCAGGGAGUCAAAUAGAUGUAAUGAGAGACACUGGGUUUUUUCUAGUGGUAAUCCACCAAUAGGAAACAUGGGACACAUCCAUAUACAUAAUGUUUACAUGAUUUGACUAUUGUAGGCCUGAAGGACACCUACUGGUUUUAAGAUGUCUACAACACCCACUCUAGCCCAGAACACCUUGGACACUAGAAAAGACCCAUUGUCUCUCAUUUCAUCUGUUUGACUCGCUGACGAAGGCUAGAUGCAAAAACGCAUUAAAGUUCUUUUAAAUUGGUUCUGUAUGGCUUGGCCACUUGCAAUACAAGCAUUUUAAUAGUUAAAAAAUAGUAGUUUGAGCUUUAUUUUAUUUUAUACCUUUUCCAUUAAAAAAGAAACUCAAACUAACUCAGAUUUGAGUCCAGGAAGCGCUCCUAUCCACAUGUUCUCAAAAUAAUCUUUUUUUUAAAUACAUCUUUCUGUUCCCUCUACUACUACAUGCUACUCAAAGCUACAUUAUAGCCUUUAUCAUGGAGCUAAUCAUUUUAAUAUGUUUUAUCAUGUUUCAGAGAUGCACAGGACAAUCAACAACUCAGCCAGGACAGAUAGUAAUAUCUGAUGCUGAGGAUCUGGAUCCACCGGAAGCAAAUCCAGAAAAAAUGUCUUGCUACAGUAAAUACACAGACCUGUAUUCACCAAAUGUUGAGCAGGAGGACGAAGAGCCGGUUGCUGUCAAUGUGAAGAAUUUCCAACACACAGCAAUGGAGGAGACGGACAUUGCAUUACCUGACAUCGUAGCAAACCUGUCUCUUCCUAUUGAUCAUAAAAAAGUCAGCCGGUUUAACAUCUCAAGGGCUAAUGUUUGGGAUGGGGCAGUCAGAGGUUUCAAGCGUACAACAUAUUCUGAAACCUGUGACAUGCUGGUGAAAUUUACUGAUGAUACUGGUGUUCUGGAAGAGGGAAUUGACACUGGUGGUCCAAGACGAGAGUUUUUAACUCCACUGAUGAAACACCUAAAAGACCGGCCCAUUUUUGAUGGACCAGAAGGACAUCGGUUCUUGGUCUACAAUGCAAAGGCUGUUAGGGAGGAUGAAUACUACUUGGCAGGAAAGAUGAUUGCUGUGCCAGUUGUGCAUGGAGGUCCAGGACCCCAUUUCCUGUCAGAAGAUCUUGUACAUUAUCUUGCAGGCCAGCCUUCAUUCAAAGCAACAAAUAAUUUAAUAACUGAUGAAGAAAUAGGGAAAGCUUUGCAAGAGAUUGAGAAUGCUGCUUCAUUGGAUGCUCUGCAAGAAUGUAUGAUGAGACACAGCACAAUGUUACAGACAGCAGGUUGUCUGAGACAUGUGGCUACUGUGGAAGAAAAUAAAGAAAUCGUGUCAGACUACCUCCAAUGGUAUAUCAUUGACUGCAACUCAUCUGUAAUUGACAGAUUCAGAGAUGGUCUUUCAACCCUGGAGUUUUUGACUGCACUACAGCAACACCCUACUUUGCUGGCCCCUGUCAUGUGCCACUCUGAAAGGCGACUCACUGCUUUUGAACUUGAGAGACUCUUCAAACCUGACCUCAGUCCUUCGGGGAGUAAUCGAAGACUUAAAGAAAGUCAAACCAUGGCCUACUGGGCAGACUAUCUCCUUGAUUGUGAAGAAGGCCAGGCUGCUGUGUCUGUGGAAGAUGUUUUGAUGUUUGCUACUGGGCUGUCUUCACUUCCCCCAUCUGGCUUGGAACCACUGCCACAAUUAGAGUUCCUGGAGGACUCUGCAUUCCCAAUGGCAAAUACAUGUUCAAACUCCUUGAGAUUACCACUCCUAGACUCAUACACUUUGUUUAAGUCACAAAUGGACUUUGGAAUUCAAAAUAGUCCAGGAUUCGGCUGUUUCUAAGCUAUAUGAUGGAUGACCCCUAGAGUUAAGACUCUGAAAAAGUUGUUGUUGUUAAAGGUUAGGGUUGGACAUCAUUUAGAUUUUAACGAUUCUGAUUCCAAUUCCGAUUCUUCCUUUUGAUUCCGGUUCUUAUCGAUUCUCGAUUCCGAUUCUUUGAGUGGUGGAGUUGAAACGGGUCACAUGCUUAUUUCACAAAUAAGAGGAAAGUUUUAUUUUGAUUCAAAGGUGGGUUGCAGUUUGACGGGGCUUUUUCGAUGUAAAAUAAAGCCACACUAGAGCACCGCUUACUGUGCUCCAUGGCUGCAACACAACAAGCACCUGGCCGCUACAGAAACCAAAACUUACGCAUGUUAAAUUUGGAACCCAUGAUCAGAUUUGAAACCCAAUCCUCCAAAACGAUUCCAAUAAAGAAACAAUUCCGAUGGAAUCGUAAUUUUUAACUAUUCCAAGUAGGAAUUGGUUCUUGAUGCCCAACCCUAUUAAAGGUGCACUUUUAAAGUGCAGUUGCCAAAGUUGUUUUUAUAAUGUUACUGUAUGUGAGCAUGUUCUUUUCUCACAGUAAACAUUUUGAAAAUGUUUUAGAUCCAUUACUCUCAAUACUACAAAAGUGUAAUAAAUACUGAUUACUA